AUGGCCGAUGAUGCCACAGUGGAAUUUAGUGAUGCUAUGCAACACGGUAUUAAGCUAGUAAACCCAAAGAUCACGGAGAUCUUUUCGGCCGAGAAUAAAGAGAAGCAGGAGGAGUGGCUUAACUCGUUCAUCAACGCUGGUGCGCAGUACCGUGAGGUGUUUAACGUGGAAGAUACGGCCAAGAUCAAGUCAUUUUAUGAGCUGAAGGACUUCAAUAUGGCCGGCAAUGAGGUGUCCAUGAGCAAAUACAAGGGCAAGGUGGUGCUGGCCGUGAAUGUGUCAAGCAAAUGCGGUCUGACGCCGACGAACUACCCGGAGCUGCAGACGCUGUACGAGAAGUACAAGGACGAAGGUCUGGAGGUGCUGGCGUUCCCGUGCAACCAAUUCGCUGGUCAGGAGCCUGGCGCCCACGAGGAGAUCAUGGAGUUCGUGAAGCAGUACAAUGUGACGUUCCCGUUCUUCGAGAAGCACGACGUGAACGGUGCCACGGCUCGUCCGGUGUUCACGUACCUGAAGACGAAACUCCCUGGUUCUUUUGGUGACUUUGUGAAGUGGAAUUUCACCAAGUUCCUGGUGGACCGUAAUGGACAGCCGUACAAGCGUUUCGCUCCGAAAGACCGUCCGUUGUCAUUGGAAGAGGAUAUCAAGACGCUGUUGGCGCAGGAAGAGUAA